AUGAAGUGGCCGAGCGGCCCCAACCUCUCACGGGCACGGAUAUCGACCGAGCCCGUGACGGGUGAGGUUGUGGAGUGGAAAGGCAAGUAUGGCUGGAUACAACCCACGGUGCCCGUGGAGCAUCCUAUGUCCGACAAGCAUCAGGGAAGAAUCUAU